GCGUUGCGUUGUUCAACGCCAUUUUUCUAGACACGCGCAAUGGGUGAAGAGCCAUCUUGUUUCUGUUUGCCUAGACGACGUGGCCGAGUCGAGAAGAGACUCGCGUUGGUUAACCAGAUCCAGAAACAUGAGGACACUUACGUGGUUUCCACUGAUUGCGUCCGCCUUGGCAUGCGUCGUCCUGACAGCCUCGGUGCCGCCGACUUCAACGAGUUCCUUUUUGUCCGAGGCUGAUAAAACGAGACUUAAAAAGGUCAUCGAGCCUGGAUUUGAGCUGAAGGAUUUAGCUGCGCUGCAUUAUGCUGUGAUCGGUUAUAAUCUUGUGGGAGAAACAAUACCAAAGAAUGCUGAAGCCUGCAAGUUCAUUUUGAAUGCAGUCGGAGGAGACGCCAGUGGCUUGUCGCUGGAGAAUCUCUACUACGCCGUUACAGCUUGGAAAGGAAUCGGCAUAUGCCAGCCGCUUCCAAAUGCUGCGAUUAUAAAGACGUUUGCUGCUGUUGUGGAAAAAGAUUCUGUGGCCAUAUCUGAAGUUUUCUACGCCAUAACCGGACUCAGCGCUGUGUCUCAGAAACUCACCGAACCUGCAGUAGUAAAAUUGGUCAAGGCGCUUCAGGCUGCACUGAAAAAAGAUGACAGUAUUCUCAACCUUGGAUACCUUUUCCACAUUGCUGCUGAACUCGGUCCUGCAGGUUCGUUCGCUUUUGAUCGUAUCGAGGACGCCAUUGUUCAGGCCGAUGAAGUUGACGGCAAGUACCUGCAGUUUGAGGGCGGACUUUCCAUCAGCAGUCUUGUCGUGAAAGGCGCCUUCCAGUUGUCGAUAAAUUUGAAGAAAAAACCACCCAUAAGUUCUGAACAGACUGUGAAGUUCGCAAACUAUCUGUUGUCUCGUCGCUCGGUUCAGACAAGCAAAGGAGUCGUCGGUCUUCUCGCUGCUCUUAGCGUUCUGGCUAAUAAUCCGUUUGAAAAUCCGAUCUGCAUCGCACUGGCGGACGGUGGGAUAUCGGUUUCGUCGAAGCAACCGCUGGUCAGUGUCAAAGUCUGCGAUAUUCUUGGAAGAUCCUUGAAAACUCUGCCUUCGGUUGUUGCCAAUUCUGCUACUAGAGUCAGUGACGACGUUGUCAUCAUCAGCAAGAAGGCCUUCCAGCCUUUGGCUUCCGACAAAACUCUUUACACAAUGAAUCUCAUGGAAAUCAAACCGGAACGAGGCGUUUACAAGAUAUCUGUAUCCGCAGGAUCCGUGUCCAACAUUGUCACUGUCAAAGUAUUGUCGGAAGUGAUCGUGGAUUAUCUUGAAAUCGGCACUGCUGACGCUGAUCAAACGACGCAGCCAAAAUUGUCUCGAGUGGAAUAUCCGAAGAAGCUGAGUUCGAAAAUCGAGGCAGAUUCUCAGCAAAAACUGGUUAUAAGAUUCUUGCUGAAAGAUUCUACGAGCAAGAAACCAAUCAGAGUUCAUCAAGCAUUCGUGAGGCUUUAUUCACUGUCAAAUUCCGCAAAUAGUCACGGCCAGGAAAUUAUUUUCGUUGCCGAACCGGACGCUGGAAACGUUUACAAAUUUGACAUGGACGUUGGAUCAACGGCUGGAGAAUUUGGCCACAUUAGCGGCGAUUACAAUAUCGAAUUGAUAGUCGGCGAUGCUGUACUCAUAAACUCAUUCCAGUGGAACGUGGCUCAGAUUACAUUAAAGCUUCCAGAAUCGCAGAGCGCUGUUCAAACUAGCGACGAAAAAUCGAAUCUGUACAAACCCAAACCAGAAAUCAAGCACAUGUUCCGCGAGCCUGAAGUUAGACCGCCUCGCGUUGUCUCAAAUUUGUUUACUGGACUUUGCUUGGCGCCUGUUCUUCUGCUUCUCAUUCUCUGGGCGAAACUCGGAGUCAACAUAUCAAAUUUCCCUCUUUCUCUGAGCGCUGUUAUCUUCCAUCUGGGACUCGGAGGGAUUUUUGCCCUCUUCGGAGUUUUCUGGCUUCAGUUGAACAUGUUCGUUACUCUAAGGUACCUUUUAGGCAUUGGUGUCGUAACUUUCCUGGCAGGAAAUAAGCUGCUGUCUCAAAUCGCCAGUCGUAAGGGACGUUAAUUAAAAAUUAAGUCGAUUUGGGAAGGAAGAAUAAAGGGAGAAGAAGAAUGGUGAAGGGAAGAAAGAGUUACAGGCAGACAGAUUUGAGACUUGAAUUAA